GUGUCAUCGAAACCCACGUGCCCAUAACAGAACGGAUCCUCAAAUCCAUUUGUUCACGAGACAAUUGCCGCUAAACUACUCAGAUUCAUCCAUGUCUCCGAACAACCAGGGAAGUCCACCGUCAUGGGACGCUCUGGUCCUCGUCGCCCACCACCUCGACCCCAAAACCUUAGCCAUUGCCUCCUUUGUGUCCAAUACCCUAGACCUUCUCUGGCAACCCCUCUGCACCGCCCAUUUCCCUUCCAUUUCCACCCACAAGAUCACCAACCGGUCCAUCUCAUCCCGCCGUCUAUACUCCAUUGGCUACAUCGCCGCCAAACGCCGCACCAACCUCCCUCUAAACCCCGUAUUUCACUUGAAAAACCUCAUUUUCACUAUCACUUUGUGCUCCAAAACCUUUACUGCCCCGAUAGCUACUGUUGCAAAACCUGCUAACGAAGUUCUAGUGGAUUCGAAUCACCAACUGUUCAAGUUUGAUAUCGAUAUUGAACGAGGGUUCCUCAACCGCCGGGAAGGGUGGUUCUCGGAGGAGCUGCCGUCGCCGGGGUGUUGUUCUAGGGGUGUUGGAAGUGGGAUAGUUGUGGAUUUGAAGUUGGGGUUUGGAAGGGGACGAAGUGGGGUGGAGAAAAUGAGCGUGGACAUGCUGAGUACGGUGAAUUGGAGAUACUUGGGGCUGGAAGAUGGGCUUAGACAUUUGCAGCAUUUUCUUUUGCCAUGUGAUGCCUGUGAAAAAGUGAAUUUUCCUGCAGAUUCAUCGAGUCUUGGCGGCGAGAAGGGGAACAUACACAGAGGGAUGAUGAUGGCGGUGACCGAGUUUUUGGCCAUGGAAGAUUUCGAUCUGAUGGUGGAAGCGGUGGGGGUUGAGGAAAAAGAGUGAUGUAUCUUAGCUUACCAAUUAGUUUUGCUUUGGACUGCGAGGCGGCAUGGCUAUCUUGCCCUAUCAACGAUGGGUGAGGAGGAAGGGGUUUGGUUGGCUUCGGGAGGAAUUGGGAAUUGUUUUGUCAAUGGUGGCUAAGGGGUGGUCGAUGGCGGCGAUGGCUCUUUUCCGGCAGGGGCUUGCGUUUCU